AUGCCUACAGAGAAGGCGCAACCAACAGCAGAAUGCAGUAAAGUGGACAGCAUGACUACAACAGUUAGCCCAUUGGACCUAAAGGCAACCAAUUUGUCACUCGCAUGGAAUAAUUGGAAAAAUUCCUUCAAAAUAUACAUGCGUGCAGCGGGGCUGGAGCAACAGACCGACCAGCAAAAGGUGGCACUAUUGCUGCACCACAUAGGACCGGAUUCGCUCUUGGUGUUCAACUCGUUCAACUAUGAUAUUGAUACGGUUCGCUACGAUGAACUCCUAAAAAGUUUUAACGACUACUUCGUGCCUAAAGUGAAUGUGGUUGUGGAGAGAUAUCGGUUCUUCUCCAGGAAGCAAGCUGAAGAAGAGACAAUUGAAGAAUUCGUAACUGUUUUAAAGAACCUUAGCCUAUCAUGCGAAUUCAAAACUUUACGGGAAGAUUUAAUAAGAGACAUUUUUGUGUGCGGGCUUUCGCCAAGGUUUAAAAGUGUCAAAGAACGCUUGCUCAGCGAAGUGGACUUAAAAUUAGAUAAAGCAGUGGCAAUCGCAAAAAACAUGGUCUUAGCCAAAGAAAACUCAGCCGAAUUGGGUGCAGAUAAUGAAAAGUUUAUAGCAGUUAUCAGGAACAAAAGUGGUGACCACGCAGUUACGCAACAACAACAAACAAAAGUGCAGGCCGUUACUUGUACCAAAUGUGGAACGUGGCAUAAAUACAAAUGCCCAGCAGAAGGGGUAAAGUGCCAUAAUUGCGGUAAACUCAACCACUAUGCUAAAAUGUGUUAUAUGCGAAAAAAAACCUAA